UCCCAAGACAAUGACUCUGACUUUCACAGUCCUCCGACUUUUCCUCUAGUACCACCAUGAGGUUGACAUUUCUGGUUUUCAGUUCAAUGUAUCCAUAACUAUUGGAUGCGUUGUUCUGAAAUUUGUACAUUUGUACUUUUAUUGUAAAACUAAUGACAUUAUGAUAAAGAGUGAAACAAUAUUUGCACACUGGAGUACAGCUCCCAAUAUUUAAUUGACUACAACAAACACAACGUUUCAACCCCCACAGGGUCUUGGGGUUGGGGUGGAGGUGCACACAACUAUUCUGCAAAACUAAUGACAUUCCCAUCAGCCUCAGCUGUACUUCCUGUUUUAUGCUAAUUAGCACAUUUGCAUACUAACAGACUACUAAACAGAAGAUAAACAUGGUAAAUAUUACACCUGCUUAACAUCACAAUGUAUGUUUUGUCACUGAGUGCAUGUUAGCAUGCUGACAUUAGCAUUCACCUCAAAGCACAACUGCGCCUUACAAAGGUUUCAUAUUAAGACAAAGAACAAAAAAGACCUAAGAUUAAAAGCAAAAACAGACGUGUAGAUAUGCUUCAUCAUUUUAAAGGUAUUUUUUACAUAAUUAACAUCCAUUUAAUGCUUUUUAUGUAGUAUAGAGAUAAUGUAUUGAUAUUGAUAGAUAUAUUUACAUGAAACAUACAUCUGCCAAGCUUAAAUACUGAAAAAACAAUACAUAUAUACACUCCUUUAAAAUGUCCUGUUUGAUUUGAGUUCUCCAAUACACAGAAGUUUUGCAGUAAUUAAGAUUCCCUGAACAAAUAAUAUUUACAGGCACCAUUGUUCAAAGUGACUUACAUUUUAAUAUAUCUCAGUAGCAACAUCAGUAUAUUAAAUCACUGGAUCAUUAAAGAAUUUCGUAGGAUAGUUGAUUAUUUUGAAAGAUAAUUAUCCAUAUUAAUGAUCCUGACCUUUGACAUGUUUCUCAUUCCAACUUUCACCCAUUUUACACUCGUGAAUGUUUAACUAGAGUCACACAACGUGAUAAAUCUCUGACUAACCACCCAACCUCGCAGCUCUGUGCACAUACCACUACACUACAGUACCACGGAAGAGAGAAACCUGUUGGACAAGAUCUCUGAGGCACAAAUAAUGAAUGACAAGACGUCACACAGUAGUUGAAACAUUUCUGAGACCUGGAGAGAUUUCUUGUUUAUGGUUGCACUGUACAUUCAGCGUUCAAAGGACUCUGCAUGUAUAAUGUCCUUUCUCUCUCAGACAGACAGAAUCACUAUGGAAUUUGCCUGUGCGUUUGUUUAUGUGCCACCAGCAGUGAUUCAGAAGGACGGCCAACGCUCCAGUGCCAACGUCAUAAAACGCUCAGCUCUCCUCCCCCCUGUCAACCGAAUUCGUCCUAGCACUCCUCCACCUCCUCCUCCAACAAACUCUACAGUGGCCAAAUCACCAAAACUCCCCAAAUCGACCCCGAAGAUUGUUGAACAGCUGGAAAAGAGCAAAGUGAAGAAGGUUGUGAAGCCCAGUCCCUUCUAUGAAAAUGCCAAAUUUCACAGUAAACUGGAGGCAGCGUCUUCCAUCAAUACAACAGCUCAGCAGACAACAUCUCCUCGAAGGACAGUCCUCUCCUAUCUGCUUUACCCAGCUCUUCUUCCACCGCACAUGAGACCUGCAGCGAGCAGCCAGUCCUCUCCGCACAGCAAGCCACUCGACAACAGUCAGACAUUUACCUAUGACCUGCCAAAUAAUGAACCAGAUUUAAAUGCCCAUCGCUGGGACCCAAACUACUCAUACAGUACACCAGAGGGCACUGGGGGUGAAGUGAAGCUGCCAGCUAUUACUAGCAAUGUGCCGGGCCAGACACCAGCCCCAGCCCUCCCACCGAGGCCUGCAUUCAUGAAGUCAAUGCCAGAGUACCUGGUGCUGUUACCCUCAUCUGCUUCAUCCUCUCAGAAAUCACCUUCAACUUCUUCACUUUCCCAGUCGUCUACUGCAAAAGGAUCAGCAGAUAAGGAGCCUCUUCCAGGGAAUCCUAAUGUGGUCCUUGUCAGUUUAGGGAAACUACUCUCAGAGGAAAGUGGGGAAUUCAUACGAGGUGAACCCACCUGCUGCUCCCAGUGUGGCUCUGUGCAGGACUCCUGUUAUGUCAAUGUGCUUCAUGCGUGUCACUUCUGUCAGUCCCGGGAGUUGACCAGUCCUCCCAGUAUACCACCCAGUGCUCUCUUUCUGCUCAACCCUGAUGAAAAGCCCCCGUGCGCUGCUGGCGCUCUGCUGCUCUUCUGCAUCGACAUCUCAGGUUCCAUGAGCAUCACCUCCCAGGUGACGGCGGGAGAGCAUUUUGUUCACAGAUCUCGUCUCCAGUUUGUCCAGGAAGCCGUGUUGCAGUGUGUUCAGAGACUAAGUGAACAGCAACCAGACACAAGAGUGGGUCUCAUCACCUUCAACUAUCAGGUUACAAUGUAUGGGUAUGAGAAUUUCACGUCACGGUUCCUGAGCGGUGCUGAGUUGACUGACAGCAACUAUCUUAAAGAGGCUGCCGCCAGUUUCCCCAGUCCACCUCCACUCUCACAGACCAAGGACUUCUUACAGAGACAAGUUAUGGGAUUAUCUGAAAGUGGGACCACAGCUCUGGGUCCAGCUGCUCUCCUGGCAGUUGCAAUGGCCUCCAGACAGCCAGGGUCCAAAGUGAUUAUCUGUACAGAUGGGAAGGCCAACACAGAGUUAGGAAACCUGGAGGUGGAGGAUAAUGAUGCUCGCACCCUCCUCUCAUCCACCAUCUUCUACCAGGAGCUGGGGGAGUAUGCUGCUAAUCAGGGUGUGACGGUGUCUGUGCUGUCCAUAGAGGGAACAGACUGCCGGCUGGAUGAGCUGGGAAGACUCGCCGAUCGCACUGGAGGGAAAGUGGUAAUAGCAAGUCCAAACAGGCUGCAUCCAGAGUUUGAACAGAUCAUUGAGAACAGGACCAUCGUCACACACUGUACCGUUACAUUACUGCUGCCCAAAUCCCUGCACAUGAGAGGAGAGAGGGAGGCUGGAUGCAAAGGGACCCGAGAGGUGGGGAACGUGGACCCAGAUACAGAGAUCACCUUUCAGUUCGGAGCCAAUGAACAGGACGCAGAUGUGCCAGCACCAGCCUCCGGCAGCCGUGUGUCCGUCCAGCUGCAGAUCAGGUACCGGCAGAGGAACGGACAGACGAUGCUCAGAGUGAUAACUUCAGAGCGAAAUGUUACUGAUGACAGCUCGGCGGCCCUGUCUUCUCUGUCUCUGGCCAUCAUUCAGCUCAACUCAUCACAGGCCAGCGCCGCUCUGGCUGUCAGAGGCCGCUUCCUCGACGCCAGGAGGGAGGGAGAGCUGCAGAGGAAGCUGAUCGAGAGAGCAAUUGAACACAAUCACAGUGCACAGGACAAACAGACGUACCAAGAAUGGGUGAAAACUAUGGAGCCAAUUUACAACAACAUUCAUAAUUUCACACGGAGAAAAUCUGUCAUUUCAGACUCACAGUCUCUAACAGACGCUGGUGCAGCGCUGCUCUACGCCAUGAAGCACAGCAACAGGAAGUCCAUUUCACUGAAGAAUAAACAUAAACUCUAGCCAACUGUCAGCCUCCACUUUUUACCUGGUUGGAAGCAACUCAAGUCAUGAAUGACAAGGAUAAAUACUGCAGUUUGACCUCGAUUAUCUGGCCAAAGAAAUAUCCUUCAAAUAUUUCACAGUGUUAAUAAUGUAUUACUGUAUAUCAGCUGAAAACAUGGUCAUCCUUGUCAUAAAGAAACUUAUUUCUC